UGGAGAGGGAUGGUUCAGAAACCUAAAAAGUCACGGGUUGCCAUAUUUGUGGUUUUAGCAACGGUGGUACGACAGAAACCUGAGGUGUUGAUCAGCCUCUUUCCUGUAAUGGCGAAGGACCCAAAAUAUCAAGUACAUCAAGAUAAACAAAAAAUAACAAUAUGGUUGGUUGCCCAGGCCUUCGAAGGAAAUUUGAUUGUGGGGCUUUUCAUGUGGGUACGCCUACUCUUGCCAAUGCUGAGCUAUAGUAAUCGGCAGAACAGAUGCUUGAUUUUAAAGCUUAUGGAGAGAAUUCUAUCUGUCCCAAAAGCUCGUUCCGUUCUAUUAAAUGGAGUAGUCUGGAAUGGGGAGCGCGUAGUGCCACCAUGGGCUCUUGAGCUUCUAAUGAGAAUCGCCUUCCCGGUGUAUUUGAAGGAUAAGGUUAAGGCUACUCAAAGGUUUGAGGCCGUGUAUCGCACCUUAAAAAAGAUUGCUCUUGCUUGCUCCCCUGGUAGCAAAGAAAUGAAGCAGAUAACUGGGGAAAUAUUGCAAUUUGCCAUCAAAGCUGUUGGAGAACAUAAAUGUAUACAUGGCUUAACUGACGAGGCAACCAAUAUAUUCAUAUGGUGUUUGACUCAGAACCAAGACUGUUACAAGCAAUGGGAGGACCUUUAUUUAGAUAAUAUUGAAGCAAGUGUUUAUAUUCUGGAUAAGUUAUACAAUGGAUUGGAGGAGCACUCUGUUAAACAUUAUAAUCUUCAAUCUUUAAAGACCAGCUUAAAGAGUUUCAGGCAGAAGAAUAGUAAAGCAUUGGCCAUCAGAAAUAAGAACUUCUUCAGAUAUGCAGAGAGGUACUGCGAGUUAAUAUCAACAAGAUUGUCAUGGUAUGAACCUAUUUUAAGAAGAUAUGACGAGGUAUUGGGAUAUGUUCUGUUGGCCGCCGGUGCUGGCGGUGUUGCUGCCUUGUAUCGGAACAUCCAAUUGCUUUUUACAAUGACUUGAGUUAUAUAUAUAUAUAUAUAUAUAUAUAUAUAUAUAUAUAUAUAUUUAUUUAUUUUUGUAAACCGAGGUGGAAAUGGAUGAUCUUGUAAUUCAGUGCUCACAACGGUGGAUUUUGGUUUCAG